AUCCCAUUUUGCACUAUACUCAAUGUAAAUCAUUGUCCCUUGCCCCCACCUUCUCUCUCCCUUCUUAUAGUCUCCACUUACCCUUCACUUCUCUUCAUCCCUCUCUCUCUCUCUCUCUCUCUCUCUCUCUUGGAGCAUUUUCUGAGUUCUGAUUUGUGUUGAGCAGUUAUAGAAAGAUGGGUGAUAUUUCAUACACUAAUGGGAUCAGCAAUGGGAAUGGUUGUAAUGGAAAUGGGCAUUCGGUGGUAAGUUAUAACAGGAAGAGCUGUUGGUAUGAAGAAGAGAUUGAAGAAAACCUGAGGUGGUGCUUUGCUCUCAAUAGUAUUUUGCACACAGGAGCAACUCAGUUCCAGGAUAUCCAACUUUUGGACACAAAGCCCUUUGGAAAGGCUUUAGUAAUUGAUGGAAAGCUUCAAAGUGCAGAGACAGAUGAGUUCAUCUACCAUGAAUCUCUUGUCCAUCCACCACUUCUUCACAAUCCAAAUGCAAAGACUAUAUUUAUCAUGGGAGGAGGGGAAGGUUCAACUGCAAGAGAACUACUUAGACACAAGACAGUAGAGAAGGUUAUCAUGUGUGACAUUGAUGAGGAGGUGGUGGAUUUUUGCAAGUCAUAUUUAGUGGUGAACAGGGAAGCUUUCUGUGAUCCCAGACUUGAGCUCAUUAUCAAUGAUGCCAGGGCUGAGCUUGAAAGGAGAGAAGAGUGUUAUGAUGUGAUUGUUGGGGACCUGGCAGACCCAAUAGAGGGAGGCCCAUGUUACAAACUCUACACCAAAUCUUUCUAUGAGUCCAUUGUCAAGCCAAGGCUUAACCAAGAUGGCAUUUUUGUCACACAGGCAGGACCAGCAGGGAUUUUCAGCCACACAGAAGUCUUCACUUGCAUUUACAACACUCUAAGGCAGGUUUUCAAGUAUGUAGUGCCUUAUUCAGCUCAUAUUCCUUCCUAUGCUGACAUCUGGGGAUGGGUCAUGGCAUCGGAUACCCCGUUCGUGCUGACUGCCGACGAGUUAGACCUAAGAAUGAAGCAGAGGAUCAAAGGGGAGAACCAAUACCUAGACGGGAAAACGUUCACAUCAUCAUCUACUUUGAGUAAAGCUGUCAGAAAAUCAUUGAACAGCGAGACUCAUGUUUACACAGAGAAGAGUGCAAGGUUCAUAUACGGCCAUGGCACUGCCUACAAACACAAUCAAGCUUGAUAAGCAUAGAGAGACUAUACAAGACUACAAGUUGAAACCAAAUCUUGAACUAAUCACUGGUUUUCGUUGUUUUUCGAUCACGUUUCUUUUCCUUCUUUUUUUUGCUGCUUUUUGUUUAGUUCUUUCCCCUUAUGUAGUUACUUAAAAGAUGAUACAAUGGUAAUGGAACUUGGUUUGUGCUCUGUUGGAAAUGUUUAUGGAAUCAUAUGACCAUUUGAAUCUCAAA